AUGCCAAUUAAUCUAGGACUACAAAGAAUAACUAAAUUGUUAGGUCAUUUGAAUAACCCUCAAAAUGCCUAUAAAUCCAUUCAUAUAGCAGGAACCAAUGGAAAGGGUUCAACAUUAGCAUACAUAUCAUCUGUUUUGACUGAGGCUAAAAUAAAGAAUGGGAAGUUUACUUCACCUCAUAUUAUCGAUUAUCACGAUUGCAUUACAAUAAACAACCAAACUUAUCCCAAAUCUAAAUUUGAUAGAAUUAAUGAACAAGUCAUGAGAAUUAAUAAUGAUUUGAAAUUAGAAUGUACAGAGUUUGAAAUUUUAACAGCUACAGCAUUUAAAAUUUUUGCAUUAGAAGAAAUUGAAAUGGCAUUGGUUGAAGUCGGAGUUGGUGGAAGAUUAGAUGCAACUAAUGUUUUAGUGCCGUAUGGUGAAACUACUAAUGGAGGCGGCGUGGUGGCAACGGCAAUAACCAAAAUAGGUUUAGAUCAUGAAAAAUUGUUAGGGGGGACAUUAUUGACAAUAGCAAAAGAAAAAUCAGGAAUUAUGAAACAUGAAAUUCCUUGUUUUGUUGAUUCUCUGAAUGAGUCCAUUAUUUUACAAGCAAUUCACGAAAAAUCACAAGAAAUAUCAUGUCCAUUGAGUAUUGUUGAGCCAAUUAAGAACCAAUUUAUACAGUAUAGUCCAUUAAAAGGAUCAUAUCAAGCCAACAAUUUAUCAUUGGCAGUGGAAAUAUUGAAGUGUUUGCCGUAUAAAAUAUCCGAAGAAAUUUUGAUAAAUGGUAUACGCAAAACCAAUUGGCCAGGCAGAUUACAAACAAUACCGCACAAAAGUCUAGGAUCAAUAUUAUUAGAUGGGGCACAUAAUGAAAGUGCUGCUAUUGAAUUGGGUAAAUAUUUAAAUACAAAAUACCCUAAACAAGAAUCAGAAGCAGACACAGAUGCAAAAAAUGAACUGGAAGAAAGCAAUCAUAAACCUAUAGUAUUUGUGAUUGGUAUGACUAAAGGCAAAGCAGUUGCGAAUUUAUUGAAACAUGUUGUGUCAGAAAAGGAUAUUGUUAUACCUACAUUGUUCACCCAACCUGAAAAUAUGCCUUGGAUUAAACCCGAGCUGAUUUUAACUUUGACUUCGAUUGCUGAAGAUUAUUGUCAUGAUGUACGAAAUAUUGGCGAUGAUGUCCAUAUACAUCAAGUAUUUCAGUAUCUAGAGGACAAGACAUUAGAGAAUAAACCAAUAGUAGUAUGCGGAAGUUUAUACUUGUGUGGAGAUGUGCUAAGAGAAAUAGCUAAUUGA